GGGGGCUGGGCAACCAACGGCCCCAGUGCUGCCCCUACAGGAGCUGGGGGCUCCGUGGGGCCCCUCGUCCCACAAGAUGGGCUGGGGAUGGGCUUUGGGUCCGAUCUAUGGCUAAGGGAGCAGGGCAUGGGGCUGGGUUGCUCACGUUUCCAUGGGGUGCCGCCGUCCCGCUCCAUGUGCGCUGUGGUCCCGCUGGACGUUGGUGCUGCUGUGCCCGCUGCGCUCUGUGCCCGCUCACGUGUCCCCACAUCCCCGUGUCCUGAAACCCAAUCCCCCUGCAGCGCGGUGCCGCAGGGCUCGUGGUGCACCAUGGCGGCGGUGCCGGGUGCCGGAUCCGGCGGUGCCCCCAGGCUGGCAGCAUUCGCCCGCUCCUGCUCCAUUCACGGCCUACGCCACAUCUUCACCCCCGGCACCACCGCCCCGCACCGCCUGCUCUGGGCCGGAGCCUUCGCGGCCUCGCUGGGCACCUUCCUGCUGCAGGCGGGGGGGCACGUGGGGCGCUACGGCUCCUACCCCCGUAUCACCGUGCUGGACGAGGCCGAGAGCCGCGCGCUCACCUUCCCCGCCAUCACCAUCUGCAACUACAACCGCGCGCGGCGCUCCCGGCUCACCGCCAACGACGUGUUCUGGGUGGGCACCGAGCUGCUGGCCGUACCACGCCGAGACUUCUCCCGUUACCUGCGGGCCCUGGGGCUGCCCCACGACCUGCACGGCUUCUUCCCCAGCAAGACCUACGACCUGGCCGCCUUCUACCAGCGCGCGGGGCACGACGUGGCGGACAUGGUGCUGCGCUGCCGCUUCCGUGGCCAGGAGUGCGGCCCCGACAACUUCACCGCCAUCUUCACCCGCCUGGGCAAGUGCUACACGUUCAACUCGGGGCAGCCGGGCAUGGAGCUGCUGACCACGCUGCAGGGCGGCGCGGGGAACGGGCUGGAGCUGAUGCUCAACAUCCAGCAAGAGGAGUAUCUGCCCGUCUGGGGGGACACGGACGAGACGUCGUACGAGGCGGGGGUGAAGGUGCAGAUCCACAGCCAGGAGGAGCCGCCCUUCAUCCACCAGCUGGGCUUUGGUGUGGCACCCGGCUUCCAGACCUUCGUGUCCUGCCAGGAGCAGCGGCUGGUUUAUCUCCCGCCGCCCUGGGGGGACUGCAAGGCCACCCCCAUCGAGUCCGACUUCUUCACCAACUACAGCAUCACAGCCUGCCGCAUCGACUGCGAGACCCGCUACCUGGUGGAGAACUGCAACUGCCGCAUGGUGCACAUGCCCGGCAACGCCAACGUCUGCACGCCAGAGCAGUACAAAGAAUGCGCAGACCCCGCGCUGGAUUUCCUGGUGAAGAAGGACAGCGAGUACUGCGCCUGCCGCACGCCCUGCGAUACCGUGCGCUACGGGAAGGAACUUUCCAUGGUGAAGAUCCCCAGCAAGGCCUCAGCCAAGUACCUGGACAAGAAGUUCAACAAGUCAGAGCAAUACAUUGCGGACAACGUGUUGGUGCUGGACAUCUUCUUCGAGGCGCUCAACUACGAGAUGAUCGAGCAGAAGAAGGCGUACGAGGUGGCUGGGCUGCUGGGGGACAUCGGGGGACAGAUGGGGCUGUUCAUUGGCGCCAGCAUCCUGACCAUCCUGGAGAUCUUCGACUACCUGUACGAGGUGUUCCGGGACAAGCUCGUCGGCUUCUACAAGGACAAGAAGCGGAUGCGGCGCAGCAGCAGCACCACGCUGGAGCAUCCCGCGGUACCGGGCAGCCCCGCCGCGCUGCCACCCAGGACGCCCCUCGGGCCCUGCGCGGCCACGCGGACGGUGUCGCCUUCGCCCCGCACGUGCUACCUCGUCACUCGGCUGUAGGCGCCGUGGAGGAGCCGCCCCGCACCGGGCCCGGCCCCGCACCCCCGGCCGGCCGGGGGGAUCCGCUGGGAGCAGCCCCCGCCCUGGGACCGACCCCGGGCGCUGGGGGCCGCAGGGUCUCCGCUCCGCAUCCCCGCAUGCGCUGCUUGUCCCCGCUGUACACCCGCCUCGCCUCAAUAAAGUCCUGCCCCACA